AUGACAGCAACCGCUGAAAGACGUGUAAUUCGUCGAAAUGGUCCCGGAACAAAACGAGAAGAUUGGAAUAAUUGGCCACCAUUGGCAUUCGAAGAAAUGGAUACAGCUUUAAACAUCCAACAAUAUAUUCAACAACUCAUAAAAGCCAAUCCAUCAGAUGUUGAUGCAAUUCUAACACCACCAGUUGAUCAAGACGAAGGAGUUUGGAAAUAUGAACAUUUACGACAAUUUUGCAUCGAAUUAAAUGGUUUGGCACUACUUUUACAAAGAGAAUGUGUUCCUGAUACAUGUCAACAAAUGACUGCAACUGAACAAUGGAUAUUUUUGUGUGCCGCCCAUAAAAAUCCAAAUGAAUGUCCGGCGAUUGAUUAUACUAGACAUACUUUGGAUGGAGCUGCAUCGCUUUUGAAUAGCAAUAAAUAUUUUCCGAGUCGAAUUAGUAUCAAAGAAUUGUCGAUUUCGAAAUUGGGAAGUAUUGCGCGACGAGUUUAUCGCAUUUUUUCGCAUGCUUUUUAUCAUCAUAAGAAAUUGUUCGAUGAUUUCGAAAAUGAGACACAUCUUUGUAAACGGUAAGGAUUAAGCUCAAAAUCAGCUAAUUAUCUCACCUCUGAAAGUGCUUAACUUUAAUCUAAAAAUCAAGAAAACUAAGAAAACACCUGAGCAGAGAAUAUUCUAAGAAGAAAAUGAAGUAUAUCAGAAAAACUGAAUACAAUUAUUUUAUUUCCGAAAAAAGAAAAAAAAAUGAAUACGAAUCGAUAUUUUCCUACGAUAAAAAACAUAAAAAUCAAAAAAUUCCGCUUUUUCGGACCAUAUGAAAAAUAUCGAUUUUUCACCCAAAAAUUCAAAUUGCAGAUUCACAACCUACGUCACAAAAUACAAUUUAAUGCAACAAGAUCAUCUAAUUGUUCCAAUUCUUCCAUCACAACAACAACAAUUAUCAGCGGCAGCAAAUCAAGCCAAUUUACCAAACGCCGCAAUUGUCUCACCACAAAAAUCCUGA